UGAGUCUAGAACAAACCAAGUGGGGAUAAACAGAACCGAUCAUGAGGUCAGUGUGGGCCUCCCUCCCCCAACACCGCUGGCUGCUUCUGGCGAUGCUCUUUCUUGAGGCUAUGGCCGAAGACCUACUAUUUGACCCUGACUGGGGCUUCGACUCGUAUGAAAUCACCAUUCCCAAAGUACUAAGCUUGAGGAAAGAGGCGCAGGGUGUCGACAGUUCUUUGUCAUACCUCUUACAGAUAGAAGGCAAGGAGCGUGUGGUGCACUUGCGGCCCAAGAAGUUACUGCUGCCCAGACACCUGCCAGUUUUCUCCUUCACCCAAGAGGACAGUCUGAUAGAGGACUACCCACAUAUUCCAGACCAGUGUAAUUACGUGGGCUUCGUGGAGGGCUCUCAGGAAGCCGAAUCUACUCUGAGUACAUGCAUGGGGGGUCUGCGAGGCGUCUUGAACAUUGACUCCAGAUACUACCAAAUCGAACCCCUCAGGGCCUCUUCCCGUUUUGAACAUGUAGUGUAUCUCCUAACUGAGGACAACUUCGGCAAUGAGACCUGUGGUGUGGUUGAUGAAGAAACAGAUGGGCAAACAGCCGAGGAAGAGGAAGUGGCUAGAAUAAAAAACUUUCAUCAGUCCUACAAGCACCAAAGGUACUUGGAAUUGGUCAUGGUCUUUGACCUGAGUAGAUAUGUGUUUACCCGAGGCAAUAUGACUAGAAUGGUAGAGGACGCCAUUCUCUUGGCUUCAAUUGCAGACACCUACUUUCAGGAUGUCAGCUUGAAGAUUCAACUGAAGGCGCUUGAAGUCUGGACGCAGUUUGACAAAAUACAUCUUUAUUAUUCCUCUUUAUCCCAAGUGUUAGGCCAAUUUGUGCUUUACAAAAGAGCUUCGCUGCAUCACCGGCUUCCUGCGGACUGGGCACAUUUAUACAUUGCAAGGAGAUACAGUGAUGCUACUGCGUGGUCUUGGGGAAGGGCAUGUGAAGAAUUCCAUGCUGGAUCCGCAAGCAGCUUCCUCAACGUUAAUCUCCUGGGACCUGCCACUUGGACUGCUCACGAAAUGGGCCAUUGUGUGGGGAUGUAUCAUGAUGAGGAAUUCUGUCAGUGCAGAGGCAGGAAGAGCUGUGUCAUGGGUACAGGACGUACAGGGUUUAGUAACUGUAGUUACCAUCAGUAUUUUUUACACGCGUCUUACAAAAUGUCCUAUUGUCUAUCUGACUUCCCAAAGCUGCAUAUAGUAGAGAGGUGUGGAAAUAAAAUUGUGGAAAACAAGGAGGAGUGUGACUGCGGCUCCGAAGAAGAGUGCAAAAGCGACCUGUGCUGCGGGCCAGACUGUAAGUGGAAAGAGGGCGUCAACUGCUCCUCCGGGCUCUGUUGUCAUAAGUGCAACUUUCUUCCAUCGGGCUAUGUGUGCAGGGAGGAAGAAAAUGAAUGCGACCUCGCAGAGUACUGUGACGGGCUCUCAGGUUUCUGUCCGAAAGACUAUUACAAGCAGGAUGGGACUCCGUGCAGGUAUGGAGGCUUUUGCUUCCAUAAGGGGUGCAGAUCCAGGUACUUGCAGUGCCAGGCCAUUUUUGGACGUAGAGCCAAGGAGGCCCCUCGCCAGUGUUACGAUGCAGUUAACAUGAUAGGUGACCAGUCUGGGAACUGUGGCAUUGUAAAUGCUACCCGAUACACCAAGUGUCAUAGAGACAACACGAUCUGUGGUCGGCUCCAGUGUGUAAACAUUAAAGCCCUCUCCAGAUUUCCUGAUCACACCCUUCUACUGAGCACCCACCUGAAGAAAGACAAUCUCAAGUGCUGGGGCACGAGCUACCAUGGGACCAUGAUACCGCACGGGGUACCCGACAUAGGUGAUGUCAACGACGGUACCUCCUGCGGUCCUAACCGGGUGUGCCUUAACAGGACUUGCGUUGACUACGCCACCCUGAAGUUCGACUGUUUGCCUAAAAAGUGCAAUAGCCGGGGUGUUUGCAACAACAAAAAGAACUGCCAUUGCACAUAUGGCUGGGAACCCCCAUUCUGUGUGGAGGUAGGGUACGGUGGGAGCAUUGACAGUGGGCCCCCUGGACCCAGGGCGAGACUCGCAAAGGUUCACGUGCUGUACAUGCUGCGUACUAUUCUGUUCAUCUUUUCUGUGAUCGUUGUGUGUUUUACGCAGCGAAUGAAAAAUUUGUUUCGUAAGCGCCAGCAAAAAAACCCAGCUGAGACUCAGGGGAAGAAGAGGUGAGGGGGAGGGGCUGAGAGGCGAGGAGGGAGGGGGGGAAACUGUGAUCAGGAUGUAAAGUAAAUACAUUAAUGAAUGGAUGAAAAAAGAAUAAUCCCUUUGUUUCGCAUUCACACAGGGGUGACUUGGGCAUUUCUGUACUCAUGGCUCAUGUUGAAGUCCUACUGGCUGCCAUACAUUGUAGUGGGACUCUCUGGAUCCACCGGUUAAAUGCUGACACAGAGACUUACUAACUUUUAUGAUAAUUUAGGCCUUUAGCUGGGCAGACUCUCAGCUCAGUCUAAAUCGAUGUGACUGUCCUAGCCCACGACCUGCCAUGUGCCCAGUCAACUCUGCGUCUGCUCACAUCCAGCCGCCUCUGUGUCCCACUCGUGAACCCCCACUUCUAAUUUUGUCCUCCUGGAGACCCUCUCUCAGCUCAGAAGUUCCGCCUUCCCCUGUCUGCCUAGCUGUUAUCCAUUAGCUCUUAUUAAGCCAUUCGACAAGUGAGGAAGGUGAAUGUUUAUGAACUAUGAGGCCAUAAGAACAGCAAUUCUCAGCUCUCUGCUGGCACAACAAUCAACGGUGGGAUAGACAGAGGCGACCUUCACACAGUGCACCCCGACAAUGCACAGUUCUUGCUUAGGAUCCUUAUUUAACUGUCCAAUCAGUGCUAUACAGCUGGGUCACAACAGUAACUUGAGAUUCCUCUGUUUAUCCCAGAUGCGUUUCCUAGGCUUCCUUCUCACAGACAAAACUCUUAAAAACUCCCCAGGAGCGGAGGGUAACAGAGUGAGGUUAAAUCUGUACCACAUUCCUUCCUAAUGUUAGCGAAUGUACUUACAUUAGCUUUACUUAAGCCAUCAAAAUAUAAAAGAUGGUUCAAAUGUUUAAAAAAAAAAUAAGGGGCUGGGGAUUUAGCUCAGUGGUAGAGCGCUUACCUAGGAAGCGCAAGGCCCUGGGUUCGGUCCCCAGCUCCGAAAAAAAGAACCAAAAUAAAUAAAUAAAUAAAUAAAAGCAAAACCAAAAAUAAAACAAAACAAACAGUCAAGACUCUAUCUAAAACAAAGAAAUGUCAGGUCACAAUGUCACCAGCAAUCCUGUCACCUAAUACAUUUGGUCAUUUAACAAGUUCAUCACUUAUUCAAAUGACUCUUGGUUCUUUUCCCAGAAUGAUGUCACGCAAAUUUCCCAUACAUUUCAAAUCAGAAAAAAAAAAAAAAGAAAUGAUGUUAUUGUUUGG